AUGAGCGUUCGGUUAGCCCUUGCGAGGGAAAAAACGAAGGAGCUGGAGCGGCAGGUUCGACAGGCAGAACUCCGGGCGGAGGAGCGGAGAGCGAGAGCGCGGCUUCUAGGGCAGCGCCGUGAAGAGCCGCAGCAUCGGGCAGCGGAAGACACGGCGCCCGAGGCUUGGGUUGUGAGGGAGACAGAACCGGACGCGCGAGGCGACCCGGAGGCAGUCGUGGGGUCCGGGGCCGAUCGUCACGUUCAAGAACCGGAGGCUGCCGUAGAGUUCAGCGCCGAUCGCGCUCUCCAAGAAGUAGGGUUUGAGGCCGGCCGCGCCGUACUGGGACCGCAGACUGCCGGGGGGUCUGACGCCGAUCGCGCUGUCCAGGAACCGGACACUGUCGGGUCCGAGGCCGAUCCAGCCGUACCGGUACCGCAGACCACCUUGGGGUCCGAGGCCGGUCAUGCCGUGCUGGGACCGGAGACUGCCGGGGGUCCUGACGCCGAUCGCGCUCUCCAGGAAGCGGACACUGUCGGGUUCAAGGCCGAUCGCGCCAUACAGAAACCGGGGGCCGCCGUGGGGUCCGAGGCCAAUCGCGCUGUCCAGGAACCGGACACCGCCGUGGGCUCCGAGGCCGAUCGCGCCAUACAGGGUCUGGAGACUGCCGUGGGGUCUGAGGGCGAUCGGGCCGCUUGCGAACCAGGGUCUUCCUGCGUCCGGGCAGCUGGAGGGGAGGAGCUCCCGGAGAACCAGGGGUCGGGCUCGACGCUGGGGAGACUGGUAGAUGCCGAGGUCGCGAAGGGGGCUGCAGCAGCUGUUCAGAUUGGACCUCGGUAUCACCACGACGGGCCUUGUGGUGAGGGUGUGACACUGUGGGAAAGCCCAGAGACAGCUCCAGUGGUGCUCUGGCUGCAGGGCGGUCCCGGUGCUCCCUCGCUCUUCGGCCUCUUCUCGGAGCACGGACCGUACUACGUCGCCGAAGGCGGCGUCCCAAAGCUGAGAGAAGUCACGUGGGCUCGGCGCUUUUCCAUGCUCUACAUUGACAAUCCCGUGGGCACGGGGUACAGCUUCACCGGGAAGGACCAGGGCUACGCACGCAACGAGACAGACGUUGGCAGAGACCUGCUGGAAGCGCUGCAGCAGUUCUUCACCAUCUUCCACGAGUUUGCCGGGAACGAGUUUUACGCCUCCGGAGAAUCGUACGCCGGAAAAUAUGUUCCUGCCGUCGCUUACGCCAUCCACACGGCCGUGCAGCCCCGUGUCAAGAUCAACUUGAAAGGCAUCGCCAUUGGUGACGGCAUGGUGGAGCCUAGCACAAUGUUUGACUACGCAGACUUCCUCUACCAGAUUGGACUGGUGGACAGCAACCAAGCCGCCUACAUUCGUGAAGCGAGUCAGAAGGCCAAACAGUUCAUCGACGACGGUCGCUACCUGGACGCCUUCUACAUCUUCGAUGCUCUCUGGGACGGUGACGUCGUGAAAGAAACUUCCUAUUUCAAGAAUGUCACGGGGCUCGAUUUCUAUUACAACUUCCUUCUAUCCAAGCAGCCAAAACAGCUCGGAUACUACAACGCUUUUGUGCAGACAGCUUUAGUUCGUAAAGCAAUCCAUGUCGGGAAGCUUACAUUCAACGACGGCGACGCGGUUAAAGCCCACCUCCUCGAAGACAUAAUGAAAUCAGUGAAGCCAUGGCUCACUGUAUUGAUGGAAAACUAUAAGGUGAUGAUCUACAAUGGCCAACUGGACAUCAUCAUUGCUUAUCCGUUAACGGCCAACAUGAUCUCAGCAAUAUCGUGGUCCGGCGCAAAAGCCUUCGAGAAAGCACCUCGAAAAAUCUGGCUGACUCCAAGUGGAGAGGACGUGGCAGGCUACGUCAGACAGGUUGGCAAUUUUACAGAGGUGCUAGUAAGGAACGCAGGUCACCUACUGCCGUACGACCAACCAGAGGUUGCUUUGGACAUGAUAACAAGGUUCAUCGAAGGGAAGCCGUUUGUGCAGUAAUUAAAUGUAUUUUCUUCCUAUAUGAAAU